AUGAGGAUGAAUCCCAAAACCCUAGUUACGAAUCUUCUCAUCCUUCUCCUUGUACAAAUCGCAAACUUAUCAUUAGUCGUAAACUCAUUAGAGAGGUACCAUAAGAAAGACUACCGAUCAGAGUUCACGGUACGGCCAAAUACGGUUGUACGAAUCGUCAUAUCCAACGAUCUAUAUGGUCUGAAGAAUGGAAACGCAGGUUUCGUAUGCGCAAAGGGUAAUAAGGUAUGGAUGAAAAGCAAACCAGGAGACCGGUACGUUGUUGUCCAAUUCAAGUAUGAUGGUAAGUCGAGGCACACCUUCACGCAUUGCCAUCUCCGGUCUAAUUUCGGGUUUGUGAAUUUCCCUAUCAGUAUUCAUCCGGACACAUCUGCUCAGUGUUACCCUAACUACGUAUGUGGUUACUCGGUUCGAAAAGAUGGCGUCUUUUACAAGCCUGAGAACAGGCUCUAUCGUUGGAAGAGGCAGUAG